UUUAUCUUUCAAAAUUGUUACACUAUAUUUUAUCUAUAAAAUACAAAAUAAAUCAAAAUUAUAGAGUAUCAUAAUGUCAGAGGAAGGUGUGGGUACCAAAAUGGGAUUGAGGCGUUGUUCUUUUCAGCAUGUUACCCAUUGCAUUUUCGAAUUGGAUGGCCUUCUGAUAGAUAGUGAACGACUGAGAGCUGAAUCGGUUCAGAAAAUUCUGGAUCCUUAUGGUCAUACGUAUAGCUUCGAUCUCAAGAUGAGGUGCUUGGGAAAACCGGACUCCGAACAGGCCUCCCUUAUCUUAAACACCUUCAAUCUGCCCUUUAGUCUUACUGAGUUUGAGAACCAGCAAGAACAACAAUGUCGCAGUAAAUUGGGUUUUAUUCGACUGAUGCCUGGAGUGGAGCGUCUUCUCAAUCAUCUGAAUGAGUUUAAUGUCCCGAUGGCAAUUGGAAGUGGCAGCUGUCGGGAUUCGUAUAGGAUAAAGACACGACGCCAUUCCAGGCUCUUCGAUGUCUUCCAUCAUGUGGUCUUGAGUGGUUCGGACGACGAGGUCAAGGAGGGAAAACCCGCUCCAGACAUUUUCCUCACCACCGCCUCGAGAUUUAAGGAUUCUCCGGACCCCAGCAAAUGUCUGGUUUUCGAGUCUUCACUAGUGGGAAUGGAGGCUGCUCUGGCCGCUGGAAUGCAAGUGGUUCUCGUUCCCGAUCCUCUGGUCUCCAUUCGAGCAAGUGCUCCGGCGACUUUAAGACUGCGAUCUUUGGAGGGCUUCAGGCCACAAUACUUUGGACUACCACCUUUGUAGAGUGUUGAUAUAAACGUGUUUUGUCAGGAACUUAAAGAACAAUCAAUAAACUCUAUAAUUUUAAAAAGA